UCGGUGGUUGGUAGAUGCUAAAGCUGCAAUUAUUAUAUUAGAUCAGCAAUCAGCAGGGACGCAUCAAAUUCGACCUCUACCUCGGACUUCUACUUCAUCUGUAAACUGAGUUUCCAUUUCCUCAAUCCCCUUCUCAAAGGUUUCAUUGAUCAGAUUCUUGCUUUGGGUUUCUGUUCUCUUACCUGAAACCAUGGACUUUAGCCAUUUAAAUCGCGGGCAAAUUACUCUGAUGGGAUCUGCAUUCUGUGUGAUGCUCACGAUGCAUUUCACGUUGCAGCUUCUGUCGCAGCAUCUUUUUUACUGGAAAAACCCAAAGGAGCAGAAAGCUAUACUAAUUAUUAUCCUUAUGGCUCCUAUUUAUGCUAUUGACUCCUUUGUGGGGUUAUUGGAUGUUCGAGGAAGCAAAGCGUUCUUCAUGUUUUUGGAAUCAGUCAAGGAAUGUUAUGAGGCUUUGGUGAUUGCUAAGUUCUUGGCAUUGAUGUAUAGUUACUUGAAUAUAUCUAUUAGCAAAAAUAUUGUGCCUGAUGAAAUCAAAGGAAGAGAGAUUCACCACUCAUUUCCAAUGACCCUUUUCCAGCCUCGAACAGUUAGGCUGAACCACCGCACACUAAAGCUUCUCAAGCAUUGGACAUGGCAAUUCGUCGUCAUCCGCCCUGUGUGUUCUAUCUUGAUGAUAAUAUUGCAGGUCCUUGGGGUUUAUCCUUCUUGGUUGAGCUGGACAUUCACUAUCAUCCUCAAUAUUUCUGUUUCAUUAGCAUUAUACUCUUUGGUAAUCUUUUACCAUGUUUUUGCAAAAGAGUUGGCACCUCACAAGCCACUUGCAAAGUUCAUGUGCAUCAAGGGGAUUGUUUUCUUCUGCUUUUGGCAGGGAGUGGUGCUGGACAUACUCGUUGCAAUGGGCAUCAUUCGAUCUCAUCAUUUCUGGUUGGAUGUGGAGCACCUUGAGGAAGCUCUUCAAAACGUGUUGGUGUGUCUAGAGAUGGUUGUUUUCUCUGUUCUCCAGCAGUACGCAUACCAUGUUGCACCUUAUAGUGGAGAAGUUGAAGCUAAGAUGAAGCUAGGCAAGAAAAAUGAAUGAUAUUUUGAUGCCUAGGUGUAAUUGGGAGACAAUAUAUAUUCACAUAAUGCUUAUACUCUGUUGUAUCAUCACUUUUGUCUAUCAAACAUGAAAUUUGAGCUGCAAGAGAAAACAUUUCUAUUGAGGAA